GCAAUUGUGUACUUGGCCCUCGCAACAAGUUAACGCAACAAUCUGUGAAAGCACGAGAAUGGACACACCCAUGGCGGAGUCCACCAGCAACGCCGUCAGCAGCUACUGGUCGUCGGUGCUCUCAGGGAAGUCCGAUGAAGAUAGGGAGGAGCUUCUCGACAGAAUGCUCACGCGAUUGGCACUAUGCGACGACUCUAAACUCCAGGACUUGCUCGCUAAGAUUCUUCCCCUCUCCAUUGCCGCCCUCGCAUCUGCCUCCACUUCUCUCCGCAAUAAAGUCAUCGAAAUCUUGAGUCAUGUCAACAAGAGAGUGAAACACCAGCUACAGAUUGGCCUACCUCUAUCUGAUCUAUGGAAAUUAUAUUUGGAAUCCAGUUCAGCUCCUAUGGUCAGAAACUUUUGCAUUGUUUACAUUGAGAUGGCAAUGGAUCGUGUGCAGAAGGAGGAAAAACAAUUGAUAGCUCCUGCUUUUUUAGCAAACAUUUCUAAGCUGCCUCCCCAACAUCAAGAUAUAUUACUUAGAAUCACAUCAAAGGUCAUUGGUGACUGCCACAUAUCUCAAGUGAGUGAUGAAGUCCUGGAAAAGUACAGGAUAUUAGUUGGUUCUAAGGACUGUGAGAUAUUUCUUGAAUUUUGUCUUCAUACAAUUUUGUAUCAGCCAUCAUCUCAGAGCGGAGGACGCCCAGCUGGGCUUUCAACUUUUCAAUGCGGACGUAUUACUGGAAAACAUCCAUUGAGCAGUGAUAUGCUACGUAGUGAAAAGUCAGGGAUGCUGAACAUCAUUGAAGCUCUGGAUCUUUCUCCAGAACUUGUUUACCCAAUUUAUAUUGCUGCUUGUGCAGACAGUCAUGAACCUGUUCUAAAGAAAGGGGAGGAGCUCUUGAAGAAGAAAGCUUCUGGUGUGAACUUGGAGGAUCCGAACCUGAUCAGCAGACUAUUUCUCUUAUUUAAUGGAACUGCUGGCUCUGAAAACAUUGCUUCGGAAGCCAAAAUUAAUCCUGGAAGUCUAACCCUGAGAGUGAGGCUGAUGUCUAUUUUCUGCCGAUCGAUUACUGCAGCAAAUAGUUUUCCAUCAACCUUGCAGUGCAUUUUUGGGUGCAUAUUUGGAAUUGAUGCCACCUCCAGGUUGAAGCAGUUGGGUAUGGAGUUUACAGUUUGGGUCUUCAAACAUGCUAGAAUGGAUCAAUUGAAGCUGAUGGGCCCUGUUAUACUGACAGGAAUUCUGAAAACACUAGAUAAUUACUCAUCACUAAGUUCAGAUGCUAUUUCUAGGGAUACUAGAAGUUUUUGUUUCCAAGCAAUUGGAUCGCUUGCACAACGUAUGCCUCAACUCUUUAGGGAUAAAAUAGAUGUGGCGACUCGACUUUUUGAUGCUCUAAAGCUUGAGCAGCAGUAUCUCCGCCUGAUUGUUCAAGAAGCAACAAAUUCUCUUGCUGUUGCUUAUAAGGAUGCACCCUCAAAAGUGUUAAAGGACGUCGAGUUGCUUCUUUUGCAAAAUUCGGAAGUGGAACAAAGUGAAGUACGCUUUUGUGCUCUGAGAUGGGCAACAACCUUAUUUGACUUGAAGCACUGUCCAAGCAGGUUUAUUUGUAUGCUUGGAGCAGCAGAUUCGAAAAUGGACAUAAGGGAGAUGGCAUUGGAAGGUUUGUUUCCUGGUGAAGAUCAGAUUAAGACUGUAUCCCACAGCAUCUCUACUGAGUAUCCAAAACUUUCAAAGAUGCUGAAUUAUAUUCUAGAGCAGCAGCCCGCUAUGUUGGAUGUUCGUGGGAUAGGAGAUAUAAAACUUCUAUUUCCAUCUAAGACUUAUUUGGCCAUGAUAAAAUUUUUGUUGAAGUGCUUUGAUGCAGAAGCUGCGCAAACUAACUUGGCCACAGACUCUGAGUUUUCACACUCAGUGGAAAGAUUGUGUUUACUGUUUGAACAUGCUAUGGCAUAUGAAGGUUCUGUCGAGUUGCAUGCAUCAGCUUCCAAGGCUCUAAUUACUUUGGGUUCUCAUUUUCCCCAGAUGAUAGCCUCUCGUUAUGCUGAAAAAGUUGUAUGGCUUAAACAAUAUCUGAGUCAUCUGGAUUAUGAUACUCGAGAAGCUAUGGCACGUUUACUUGGAAUUGCUUCCUCUGCCCUUCCCAUCGCUUCUUCGUCUGAACUUAUCGGUGAACUAAUAUCUUCGAUUGGGGGAACACAAAAAUUGAGGUUUGAAGCACAACACGGGCUGCUAUGUGCUUUAGGAUAUGUUACAGCAAAUUGCGUGUUGCGAAACCCUCCUAUCUCAGAGUCGGUACUUCAAAGUGUUUUGAAAUGUUUGGUUGACCUAACUAAUGUAGAAAGCGCUGCGUUUGCUUCUGUGGCUAUGCAAGCCCUGGGUCAUAUUGGAAUCUGUGUCCCGCUGCCUCCACUGAUUAACGACUCUACUGCAGUUUCUACUUGGACCAUCUUACGUGAAAAAUUAAGCAAGCUGCUCUCUGGUGACGAUAUCAAAGCUAUCCAAAAAACUGUUAUUGCAUUGGGGCACAUGUGUGUGAAAGAAUCAUCUUCUGCAAAUCUAAGUAUUGCUCUCGAAUUGAUUUUCAGCCUUUGCCGGUCAAAGGUUGAAGACAUCUUAUUUGCUGCUGGGGAAGCUCUUUCAUUUUUGUGGGGAGGUGUUCCUGUCACUACUGAUGUGAUUCUGAAAACUAAUUAUUCUUCGUUAUCCAUGAGUUCUAAUUUUUUAAUGGGUGACACGUCCUCAUCUCUGCCGAAGCUCCUUUCAAUGGAAUUCCAAAAUGAUGAAGAUUACCAUGUUACAGUUAGAGAUGCUAUUACCAGAAAGCUAUUUGAUGCCCUUCUGUACAGUAACAGAAAAGAGGAGCGCUGUGCUGGAACUGUCUGGUUAUUAUCACUUACAGUAUACUGUGGUCAUCAUGCAAGCAUCCAGCAAUUGCUUCCAGAUAUCCAGGAAGCAUUUUCGCACCUUAUUGGUGAACAAAGUGAACUCACACAAGAACUGGCAUCUCAGGGACUUAGUAUUGUUUAUGAAAUUGGUGAUGAAUCUAUGAAGAAAAAUCUGGUAAAUGCACUUGUUGGAACUCUAACUGGCUCAGGGAAGAGGAAAAGGGCUGUUAAGCUCGUUGAGGACACUGAAGUGUUCCGAGAGGGUUCCGUUGGUGAAAGUCCUACGGGAGGAAAACUGAGCACUUACAAGGAGCUCUGCAACCUCGCUAAUGAGAUGGGGCAACCUGACUUAAUCUAUAAAUUCAUGGAUUUAGCCAAUUAUCAAGCUUCUCUUAAUUCGAAAAGAGGUGCAGCUUUUGGUUUUUCUAAAAUAGCCAAGCAUGCAGGGGAUGCCCUGAAACCUUACCUCCGUGCAUUGGUUCCAAGACUUGUUCGCUAUCAGUAUGACCCUGAUAAAAAUGUACAGGAUGCUAUGGCACACAUCUGGAAAUCAUUGGUAGCAGACUCAAAGCAAACCAUUGAUGAACAUUUGGACCUCAUUUUUGAUGAUCUUUUGGUACAAUGUGGAUCUAGGCUUUGGCGGUCGAGGGAGGCUUGUUGUCUUGCUCUUGCAGAUAUUCUUCAAGGACGCAAGUUUGACCAGGUUGAAAAGCAUUUAAAAAGAAUAUGGAUCGCUGCUUUCCGGGCCAUGGAUGACAUAAAGGAAACUGUCAGAAAUGCAGGUGACAGAUUAUGCCGAGCUGUUGCAUCAUUAACUGGGAGGUUAUGUGAUGUCUCUCUUACACCAGUUCUGGAGGCAAGACAAACAAUGGCUGUAGUUUUGCCUGUAUUGCUUACGGAAGGCAUAAUGAGUAAAGUCGAUAGUGUUCGGAAGGCAUCCAUUGGUAUGGUUACUAAGCUUGCAAAGGGAGCAGGAGUUGCGAUUCGUCCAUACUUAAGUGAUCUCGUAUGUUGUAUGUUGGAAAGCCUGUCGAGCCUUGAAGACCAAGGAAUGAAUUACGUUGAGUUACAUGCAGAAAAUGUGGGGAUACAAACUGAAAAACUCGAGAACUUGAGAAUUUCAAUCGCCAGAGGAUCUCCAAUGUGGGAAACUCUUGAGUUCUGCAUAGAUGUCGUUGACUCCCAUUCGCUAGAGCUAUUGGUUCCUCGUCUUGCUCAGCUAGUCCGAUCUGGCAUUGGGUUAAAUACGAGGGUUGGCGUAGCAAACUUUAUCGUCUUGCUAGUCCAGAAAGUUGGUGUUGGCAUCAAGCCGUUCACGAGUAUCCUGUUGAGGCUUUUACUUCCAGUUGUGAAGGACGAAAGAAGCGCUUCAUCGAAACGUGCCUUUGCCAAUGCAUGCGCAAUCGUUUUGAAGUAUGCAGCUCCAUCACAGGCCCAGAAGUUGAUAGAAGAUACUUCAAACUUGCAUUCUGGGGAUAGGAAUGAUCAGAUUUCAUGUGCAAUCCUAUUGAAAAGCUAUGCAUCCACAGCUGCCGAUAUAUUAAAUGGAUAUCACACCAUUAUAGUUCCAGUUUUAUUUGUUUCAAGAUUUGAGGAUGACAAGAUAAUUUCCAGCCUGUAUGAGGAAUUAUGGGAGGAAAACAUGAGCAGUGAACGGAUUACUCUUCAACUAUACUUGGCAGAAAUUGUAACUCUUAUCAAUGAAGGAAUCAUGUCAUCCUCAUGGGCAAGUAAAAAGAAGGCAUCACAAGCAAUAUGUAAGCUCAGUGAAGUCCUCGGUGAAUCAUUAUCUUCACAUCAUAAUGUUUUGCUCACUUCUCUAAUGAAGGAACUUCCUGGGCGUUUGUGGGAGGGAAAGGAUGCGGUACUAAAUGCAUUAUCUGCACUUUGUACUUCGUGCCAUGAAGCAAUUUCAGCUUCCAAUCCCGAUGCUCCAAAUGCUAUACUUAGUCUUGUGUCCUCAGCAUGCACAAAAAAAACACAAAAGUAUCGUGAAUCAGCUUUUUGCUGUCUUGAGAAGGUUAUUAAAGCAUUCAACAAUCCAGAAUUCUUUAACAUGGUUUUUCCAUCUCUACUGGAGAUGGGCAGUUCACUUGCCCCUACCAAGUCGGGUCAAAUAUCUUUGCCAGAUGAUGUUAAAGCAGAUGUGCCAGAUAGUUCCCCUGCAGCUUUACAUGAAAAAAUAUUAAGCUGUGUUACGGCCUGUAUCCAUGUGGCUCGCAUUGGGGAUAUUAUCAAUCAACAGAAAAACUUCAUUGAUUUGUAUUUAUUGUCUCUCUCCCCUACCUUCCCUUGGACAGUGAAAAUGUCAGUUUUUUCUUCUAUUAAAGAGCUUUGCUCGAAGUUGCACAGUGCUAUAAACAACCUGCAAGAUAGUUCAAUGCAAACCAGCAUAACUGCCUUUGUCCAUGAGUUAUUUUACACACUGUCACCUGAAGUGCUUAAAUCCCUCCGAACAAUCAAAAUUGGCCAGGUUCAUAUAGCAGCUGCGGAAUGUCUUUUGGAGUUGACAAAUCAGUACAAGGCAGCUCCACCGAUCCAUUGGACUGAAUUAGGGUUUACGAAUGAGCUUCUCGAUCUUUGUGAAGUUGAAAAAAGCGAACAGGCGAAAUCUUUGUUGAAGAAAUGCAGCGACAUCCUCGGAAAGCUCAAACAAGAUAUCAAACCCUGAAGCUAAAAUCACAUCAAUGGACGAUAAAAUUAUACAUCGUAAGUAGUUUUACAGAAAACACAGAAAUCCUACUCCGAACCUUAAUUAGGAGAUUUUGUUUCUUUUCUUUUUUGAUCUUAAUUAUUAGUGUUGUUAUAAAGCGUUAAAGAUAAUCAACCUUGACUAAGAAAGUUGGUACCAAUCUUGAUAUGAGAGUUGCUACUUGAAUCGCGACUUCAGUUAUUAGAGUUAACUCCACAUUUUCAAA